CAAAUCGCCACUCCGUUUGCGCAUGCGUCGUGGAUUCACCGGGGGUACACAAUGGACUCGGAUGUAGAUAGACCUGAUUGGCUUGAAUACUAGAGGCCACGACGCCGUUGAAAGUACUAGUUUGUAACUUAUGUUAUGAAAUAACCGCGCAGGCUCAAGCGAAAAGUGGUGGCGACACCACCAACAGACGACUUGACUUCUAACUGCGGACUUCCCCUUCUGUGCUGGGUCCGUGCUGCUGUUUUCCCAUGCCACAGCAGUGAUAUAGAAACCGUCCGAUAACGGCCAGGGAAAAUGUCAGAGGUCAACAUUGCAAAGCGCAAGGAGAAGUGUGAGAACUGCACCAAACAGUGCAACAAGAAACAGGGCGAGAAUGGUGCCAACUCACAGGAGGAGAAAGAUGAAGUCAAUGGACAGGUGCAUGAAGGAUCCCAGUUGCUGCUGAGUGCCUGCUUGUCCUGCGAUGGCUGUCUGUCAGAGGAGGAGAGCCUGAAGAUCUCUCAGCAGAGCCUGGAGGAAGUGGAGCGGGUUCUGGCGCUCAAUAAGAAAUGUGACGUUUCCAAGCACAAGGUGCUCGUAGCGUCUGUAUGUCCACAGUCUCUGCCUUUCUUUGCUGUCAAGUUUGGGCUGGACGUCACUGAGGCUGCCCACAAACUCUGUGGUUUCCUCAAGAGUUUAGGGGUGCAGUAUGUGUUCGACACCACUCUGUCGGCAGGCUUCAGCAUCUUAGAGAGUCAGAAAGAGUUUAUUCAGCGGUAUCGCAGGAGGCACCACGACUCCCACGCCUUGCCCAUGUUCACCUCCUCCUGUCCAGGAUGGAUCCGCUAUGCAGAGCGCGUCCUGGGCAGCUUGGUCACCCCUCAUAUCUGCACAGCCAGGUCUCCCCAACAGGUCAUGGGCUGUCUGGUCAAAGACUACUUCUCUAAACAGCAGCAGAAGCUGAGUCCAGAGAAAGUCUACCACGUGUUGGUGGCUCCCUGCUUCGAUAAGAAGCUGGAGGCUGUUAGAGAGGAGUUUUACAACAGCCUGCUGGAGACCAGAGAUGUGGACUGUGUCCUCACCUCAGGGGAGAUCCAUUACCUGAUGGAGCAGAGAAAGGUUUCAGUGGAGGAGCUGGACUCACUUCCACUGGACCAUGUGCUGGGAGAGGCUGAAGACGUGGCGCUGGUGAGACACGAGGGCCGAGGUUCUGAAGGCUUUCUCGAACACAUCUUCAAACAUGCUGCCAAAGAGCUCUUUGGUCUGGACGUCCAUGAGAUCACAUACAAGACCCUCAGGAACCGGGACUUCCAGGAAGUGACUCUGGAGCGGGACGGGGAAACUCUGCUACAGUUUGCUGCCGUCUACGGUUUCAGGAACAUCCAAACCCUGGUUCACCGAAUGAGAAAGGGACGCGUCCCUUACCAGCUGGUUGAGGUGCUGUCCUGCCCAGGAGGGUGCUUGAGCGGCCGCGGACAGGCGGAGAGCGAGGUAGGAGGCUCGUUGGAUAAAGCCCUGGUGCAGCAGAUGGAGGAGGCCUACAGCAGCCUGCCAGUCCGUCUCCCAGAGGUCAACCCCGUCCUGCACACCCUUUAUCAAGAGUGGCUGCAGGGCCAGGACUCCCCGCAGGCUAGCACACUCCUGCACACCCACUACAGAAAUCAGAGUCAGAUCCACACACAGCCCCCACACAUGCAGUGGUGAGGAGAAAGGGCAUGCUUUCGGACAUGAUGGAAGUCGGAGGGG